AUAAAAGAACAGUUCCGAGAUUCUAGCCGCUCAGUCAUCGCCAAAAGACACUGCGAGAAAAAUCAUCUGAGGAUUAAGGUGGAAAAAUCUCGCGAGAGAGAUUGUAUCUAAAAUUGACGCGUUUCUAUCACAAAUACAGUGUUGUGUUAUUUUUUUUUAACUCAAUAAGAGUGUAAAUUAUGCUGCGCUUGUGCGUCUCAAUUUUAUUCUACAUCUAUAUAGUUGUAGCUGAGGAAGUUCCCGACUACCUUCAGAUUUGCAAGCAAUCUGAUCCCGAUCUCCCACAAUGCAUGAUUAGGAGCAUAGAGCAGCUCCGACCGAAACUUGCUGAGGGAAUACCUGAACUCGAUAUACCCCGACUCGAACCAAUUGACCUGGGAGAUUUGCUUGUUGCCGGAAGUAAUACACAGAAUGGGCUAACGAUUACCGCCAAAGACAUUCAAUCGUACGGCGCAUCGAAUUUUCAUAUAAAGCAAAUAGAGGUGAUUGAAUAUGGGCAGCACUACAAACUGCAGCUCGUGCUGCCACAUUUGUACACAAAGGGGAGGUAUUCAAUCGAUGGUCGUGUUCUGCUACUUCCUAUUAAGGGUGCUGGAAAAUUCACAGGGAACUUCACCCGAUCCACGGCAGAUGUUACAAUGAUUUUGGAGCCAAGGGAAAUUAGUGGAAAUGACCAUAUUAUCCUCAAAAAGCUACAAAUUAAAAUUAAAGUGGGUAAGGGUUCAAUGUACCUUGAGAAUCUCUUUGGUGGCGAUAAAACACUUGGGGAUAUCAUCAAUGAUACCAUCAAUCAGAACUUUGAAGUUGUGAGUAGAGACAUUAUUCCUUUGAUUGAAAAAGCCCUCGAAAAGCAUUUUAAGAGGACAUCCAACAAAAUUCUCAGUAGGUAUACAAGAAGCCAAUUGUUCGAAAUUGCAGUGCACCUCAUCGAGGACAAUACGACAAACAUGCAAUUCCGUUGCAUAAAGCAAAAUAUAAGUGCUUUGACAUCCCUCCUUGUGCUCUUGGGCGGACUUGGAGGUGCUUUCGGGGGCGAUGUGCGGCAACUCAAAGAGAAACCUGAUUGGCUACUCACCUGCCCCAGAGAGAAUCCCAACCGCGACGGCUGCUUCAAGAAAAUGUUUGAGGGAAUGUUCACAGCGUUGGCAAAAGGUGUUCCUGAAGUAGGGAUUGAACCAUUUGAACCACUAAGAAUCCCUAAUGUUCAGAUAUCCAAGGGAAUGGGCAGUCUAACCCUUGCUGGUGGUUUUAAAGAUCUUCUGGUUCGCGGACCAUCGAAUGGAACAGUUCGUCGAGCUUUACUCAAUUUCGAUGACAAAUCCCUUGACUUUGACUUGGAAUUACCUCUGCUGCGAAUAAAUGCAACAUACAAUCUCAAAGGAAAUGUCCUGCUACUACCCCUUGUUGGAAAUGGGGAUGUGAAGAUGGCUCUUAAAGAUGUAAAAUCGAACGUCGUUACGAAGUUUAGCAUUAAGAAACUCCCUGAGGAAGUGAUUCAGAUUGACGAAAUGAAAGUAACAUUUUUGGUUGGUGGCAUGAAGAUCCACUUGGAUAAUCUCUUCAAUGGGAACCAAAUUCUUGGUGCAUCACUGAAUCUAUUUCUCAAUCAGAACGCCAAUGAGAUUAUUGCUGAGCUGAGGAGUGAUCUUGAGAAUGGACUUGCUAAAAUAUUUAUAACUCUGUGGAAUAGUGUAUUCUCCAGGAUGCCAAUUAAGCUGUGGUUGAUAUAGUACUAUAUAUAUAUGUAUGUUUGUAGUUUUAAGGAUUUUUUGUACCUUAUUGAGAGAUUAAGAGUAUAUUUUUGGAAGAAUGGAGAAAAACCCAAUAACCCUGAUAAUAAUUAUACUCAUUUUACAAUAAA